CGAAACCCUUCUCGAGCUUCUAAAUCCCCGUAUGUUUUGAUUCAGUUCGUCGACGCUCUCCGUCGUCUCGAGAUGGCGACCAAAGUCCUAAUGGUAGCGGAGAAGCCCAGCAUCUCUCUCUCCAUCGCCACAGCUCUUUCUGGUGGCCGGAUGUCUACAAGAAGGGGUAGUACUGAUGUUCAUGAGUUCGACGGACAGUUUCGUGGCUAUCAUGUACGCUACAAAGUGACAUCUGUUAUUGGACACGUCUUUAGCUUAGACUUUCCAUCUUCAUAUCAGAACUGGGAGGUGACUGAUCCAAUGGAUCUUUUUCAUGCUCCAGUUUUGAAGUCAGAAUCCAACCCAAAGGCACAUAUUCGUAGGCAUCUGUACCAUGAAGCUCAAGGUUGUACCUACUUGGUACUAUGGUUGGAUUGUGACCGUGAAGGUGAAAAUAUAUGCUAUGAAGUUAUUGAGUGUACCGGAAUACAUGAAACUGGUCCUGGAAGGAUAAUCUACCGUGCUCGAUUUUCAUCUGUUACCGAGAAGGAUAUAUUUAAUGCUAUGGAAAACCUUGUUGGACCAAAUAAAGAUGAAGCAUUAGCUGUAGACGCACGCCAAGAAAUAGAUUUGAAGGUAGGAGUGGCAUUUACUCGAUUCCAGACUCGCUAUUUUCAAGGAAAAUAUGGAAACCUUGAUUCAAGAGUCAUUUCCUAUGGUCCUUGUCAAACCCCUACUCUUGGUUUUUGUGUGCAACGGUACAUGCAAAUUACCACAUUUAAACCAGAAAAGUUUUGGUACUUAAGUCCUUACGUAAUUAAAGAUGGUUAUGAGCUGCAGAUGGAUUGGGAUCGCAACAAAGUAUUCGAUUUUAAUGUUGCUGUUAUGUUCCAGAAGUUGGUAGCUAAUGAUGGUACCCUGAAAGUAACAGAUAUAUCAACAAAAGAAGAGUCCAAAUCUCGCCCUUGUGGCCUUAAUACAGUUAAUAUGUUGAAGGUUGCAUCAAGUGCACUAGGGUUUGGGCCUCAGAUGGCCAUGCAACUAGCAGAGCGAUUAUAUACUCAAGGGUUUAUCAGUUAUCCACGCACAGAGAGCACUGCAUACCCUUCAUCAUUUGACUUCAGAAGUGCACUUAGUGCACAUUUAAGGAAUCCUAUAUGGGGCAAUGAUGUUCAGAUUCUACUAGCUGAUGGCUUUUGUAAGCCACGAAUGGGAUCUGAUGCAGGUGAUCAUCCUCCCAUUACACCAAUGCGAUCUGCAACAGAGGAUAUGCUAGGAAGUGAUGCAUGGAGGCUUUACCAGUAUAUCUGCCAGCAUUUUAUUGGUUCUGUUAGUCCUGAUUGCAAAUACACAAGGACUAAAAUAGAAUUUACAUCUGGUGGGGAGUUGUUCUAUUGUGUUGGGCAGCAUGUUAUUUCUAAAGGUUUUACAUCUAUCAUGCCGUGGAUGGGAGUUAGUGAGAAGAAUCUACCACAGUUCAAAAAUGGCGAUAAGAUUAAUAUUUUAAAAGUUGACCUUCAUGAGGGAACCACAUCACCUCCAGAUUACCUUAGUGAGAGUGAACUUAUAUCUCUGAUGGAAAAGAAUGGGAUAGGAACUGAUGCUUCAAUUCCUGUACAUAUUAAUAAUAUUUGUGAGCGCAACUAUGUUCAGGUCAAUUCUGGAAGGAGGUUGGUCCCAACAGCUCUUGGAACCACCUUGAUAAGAGGCUAUCAAUGCAUUGAUCCAGAUCUUUGUUUACCAGACAUCCGCAGCUUUAUUGAGCAGCAAAUAACAUUAAUUGCUAAAGGGAAAGCUGACCAUGUUCGUGUGGUGGAGCAUGUUCUUCAACAGUUUAUGGAGAAGUAUUCUUACUUCGUAAAGAAGAUUGAGGAUAUGGAUGCUCUGUUUGAAGCACAGUUCUCACCUUUGGCAGACUCUGGGCGUCUACUAAGCAAAUGUGGGAAAUGCACUCGGUACAUGAAAUAUAUUUCUAGUCAACCGACAAGAUUAUACUGUAUAACUUGUGAAGAGGUCUAUCACCUUCCUCAGAAUGGCACCAUUAAAUUAUACAAGGAACUUGCAUGCCCUUUAGAUGGUUUUGAGUUGCUGAUCUUCUCCAUGGCUGGUCCUGAUGGAAAAACGUUUCCACUGUGUCCCUAUUGUUACAAUAGCCCUCCAUUUGAAGGGAUUGACAAACUGUUUGGUACGCUUAAGCUUGGGAAUUCUGGAAAAAUAGGAAAGGGUGCUGGCAUGCCAUGUUUCCUCUGUCCUCAUCCUACAUGCCCACAUUCAUUGAUAACUCAAGGAGUGUGUGCUUGCCCUGAAUGUAGCGGAACACUUGUUCUUGACCCUGUUAGUGCACCUAAAUGGAGGCUAUGCUGCAACACGUGCAAUUGCCUUGUCUCCCUUCCACAAGGUGCUCAUCGAAUCUCAACUACAGGCAAGAGGUGUCCUGAAUGUGACUCGACUAUCAUAGAAGUAGAUUUCAAUAAGAAGACAACUGUCCUAAGCGAUGGAGCUACAUUGCAUGAGGGCUGUAUCUUGUGUGACGAGUUACUCCAUUCGCUCGUGGAGGUGAAGCAUGGCAGCUCAUUUUUCAGGCGUGGAAGAGGAAGAGGCAGAAACCGUGGAAGAGGACGCCACAGGGGUAGGGGAAGGGGUGGCUCAAAGCAUGAAGAUCCAAAGAUGAGUUUUCGAGAUUUCUAAUCAAAAUUUGUAGCAUAUAUAAAGUUUGGCCUCUAGCUUAGGUAGUUUGAUUUUUCUCUUUUCAUUCAUACAUGCCUUUUUAUUUAUGGAACUGGAGACUGCAGCAUGGACAUCACUGUUGUAUGGCUGUAGAAAAUAGUGAUGCCUUCUGAAACCAAAAAGAGCCGUGGUUCUUGUAAUUCUAGUUAAAUUGGUAAUGAGAUACACAUUGUUAUAAUGGCAAGAAAUAA